AUGCUCGGCCCAUCCUCUUUGGUGGCCCUCGUUGCCGCCUCGCCUGCUUUGGCCGCAUACCAGGGCUUCAACUAUGGCUCUACCUUCACCACCGGCGCUGCCAAGGUCCAGAGCGACUUUGAGUCCGAGUUCAAGACCUCUCAGGGCCUGAUCUCUGCCCCAGGCGUGUUCAACUCAGCUCGCCUAUACACCACAGUGCAAGGCGGCACCACCAACAGUCCCAUCCAGGCCAUUCCCGCGGCGAUCAGCACCAAGACAUCCCUCCUCAUGGGCCUGUGGGCCUCUGCCGGUGACGCCAACUUCGCCAACGAGAUCGCCGCCCUCAAGUCUGCCAUAGCCACCUACGGCUCCCAGCUCGGUGGCCUCGUCGCCGGCAUUUCUGUUGGAUCCGAGGAUCUCUACCGUAUCUCCCCUACUGGUAUUCUCAACAAGGAGAACCCUGGUGUUGGACCGGAUGUUCUCGUCGGCUACAUCAAGCAGGUCAGGGAUGCCAUCGCUGGCACCCCUCUCUCUGGUGUACCUGUCGGUCACGUCGAUACCUGGACGGCUUGGGUGAACUCAUCCAACGAUGCCGUGAUUUCAGCAGCCGACUUCCUCGGCGUCGAUGCCUACCCCUACUUCCAGACUACAAUGGCGAACUCCAUCUCGAACGGCGCGUCUCUCUUCAACGACGCCUUCGGCGCGACCCAGGCCGCGGCCAAGGGCAAGGAGGUCUGGGUGACCGAGACUGGAUGGCCCAUCAGUGGCCCAGCGGCGAACCAAGCCGAUGCUAGCCUCACCAACGCCAAGACGUACUGGGACGACGUCGGCUGCCCCCUGUUUGGCAAGACCAACACCUGGUGGUACACCCUUCAGGAUGCCUCCCCCACCACGCCCUCCCCUAGCUUUGGAAUCGUCGGUAGCACCCUGUCCAACACCCCGCUCUACGACCUCUCCUGCAAUGCUUCGUCGUCCUCAUCGUCCUCGGCCUCUGGCACCGCCACUGCUGGUGGUGCUGGCGGUGCUGCUGUGUCCUCUGCCGCCGCCGCCACCGGUAGCGGCGCUGAUGGCGGCUCCCCCGGUAUCUCCGCGGGCGCCGGCAGUGUCGUGACCGUGGGCGCGUCAGGUGUGAGCGGCGGUGCCGGCGGUGCGACCGCUACUCUGCCUGGAACCCCUACAAACCCCACCGGAGCCGGUUCUGGAUCAGGUAGCUCAGGAAGUGGUGGCUCAGGCUCAGGCUCAGGAAGCUCCGGAUCUGGCAGCAGCGGCGGCAACGGAACCAUCACCACCUCCGUCCCAACAGCCAGCACCACUUCGGUGAUCACCAAUGAUGCGCCGGCGAACCUGUUCUCCUUCGGCGCCGCGUUCGUCGCCCUGCUGGCGGCUUGCAUGAUACUGUGA